UUUGCCGAGAACGUAGCAAAAGUGCGAAUCUUCACAUUUUCGUCGCCAUGUUGAUCACGUGACUUGCCAAUCCUGAACUAACGCACUGAAUCCUGGUAGCUACUACGUCAUACAUAGCAAGCGAGGGGGAAGAAGGAAGCCAUUUUAGGGACAGAAACUUGCAGAGAAGAAUCAUGGGUAGUCGUGUCUACAUUGGACGGUUGCCCUACCACGCCAGAGAAAAAGACGUCGAGAGAUUUUUCAGAGGCUAUGGGAGAAUCAGGGAAAUCAACUUGAAAAACGGCUUCGGCUUUGUUGAGUUUGAUGACCCCAGGGAUGCGGAUGAUGCUGUGUAUGAACUGAACGGCAAGGAGCUGUGUGGGGAGAGGGUUAUUGUUGAGAAUGCCCGUGGUCCCGCCAGGGGUGGAGGCGGUUUUCGCGGGGGAGGCUAUGGCUAUCGGCCUGGCUGGCUAGACAACGGCCGAGGCAGUGGAGGCGGCCGGGGGUCGGAUAGCAGGAACAGAUAUGGGCCACCUGUCCGCACUGACUACCGCCUGAUUGUGGAGAACUUGUCGAGUCGCUGUAGCUGGCAGGACUUGAAGGACUACAUGCGGCAGGCUGGAGAGGUCACCUAUGCUGAUGCGCACAAGCAGAACAAAAAUGAGGGGAUUGUGGAGUUUGCCACAUACCGUGACAUGGAGAACGCCCUGCGAAAGCUGGAUGGCACUGAGAUCAAUGGUCGUAAGAUCAAACUGGUGGAGGACAGGCCAUCAAGAAGGCGCAGGUCUUACUCACGCUCUCGUUCUCGGUCCAGGAGCCGAAGCCGCAGUCGCUCGCGCUCCCGGUCCAGAAGCCGCUCCCCGCGCAGCCGCAGCCGAUCCCGCAGCAGGUCCCACUCCCGGUCUCGCAGCCGCUCUCACUCCCGCAGCAAGAGCAGGGACAAGUCCGCCAGCCGCUCCCCGGCCAAGGACACGCAGGUCAAGCAGUCCAAGUCGAAGUCACGGUCUAAGUCGCGAUCCAAGUCCCGUGAGCGUAGCGGGGAGGAGGAUAACAAGGACGAGUAGUAAAACGGGUUAAGGCAGAAGUGUGCACCAGGCACCUUCCAUCUAAUGAUGACUGAGUCAUUCCAGAUAUUGAAGUAAAUAAUUUGCCCCACAGUAUAUAGACAGUUCCUCGCAUGUCACUUUCUCCUUACUAAGUUUUUAAUGGCAUGUACAAUGGGUGCAAAUCAGAAUUAUUGUCAGAAGUAUGAGUGAGUAGAUCUUUUCAGGGGGGAAUAUAUAAACACCAGUGCACAUCCUUAUUAUCUUACUAGUCCAGUUACAUGGGAAUUAUCUUAAAAUGAACAAACUAACCAGAAUGUCAGUUUAUGGGAUAUUGAAUGUUGGGAAGAAUUGCACAUGGUCACGAGUGUAUCGAGGAAAAGUGGUCUGACACGAGACAUUGUGCAAGGUAGUCUUGUAGGACAGUUUGAUGUAUAUUCAUUUGUGAAUCAUUUUGUUUUGUUGAAUAAUUUCUUGGGGGAUGGGUAGGGUAGCCUUGAGACUUUUUGUGUACAGGUUGGUUACCUCCAAGCUGGUGACCUUACACUUGAUGUGUUAUGUACAUUUCUCAGUGCAUUAAAAGCCUUUUAAUACUGUA